AUAAUGAAUUUUGAACAAAAAGAAAGUUUACGAGUAGGAGAAAAAGUUGUCAUUGAAAAAUAUGUAUCUAAAGAAACUGGUUUGACAGCAGUUAAUGUUCAAGUUGAAACACCUAUAGUAUAUGGCUAUUUUUGUUUGGGAACAGAAAUUCGUAGCGACGACGGGUUGCCACACACUUUAGAACAUUUAAUAUUUCUUGGGAGCGAAUCUUAUCCUUAUAAGGGGGUUUUAGAUGACAUAGCGAAUCGUUGUCUUGCAAGAGGAACCAACGCUUGGACAGAUGUUGAUCAUACGGCCUAUACUUUGGAGACGGCAGGGUCUGAAGGCUUUAUUUCUAUGCUUCCUAUAUAUUUGGAUCAUAUCCUAUUUCCUUUGCUCACUAAUGCAGGUUUCCUUACUGAGGUUCACCACAUCAAUGGAGAAGGCUUAGAUGCUGGAGUGGUUUAUUCAGAAAUGCAAGCGCGCGAAAACGCAGGCUCUUCUAGAGCACACAGGCAGUUGCUUCGUUGUUUAUAUGGAACCCCUGAAGUUUGUGGACUUUCCGCGGAAACUGGAGGCAUUUUAGCAAACAUUCGUGAGCUUACCAAUGAGCAAGUCCGUAAAUAUCAUGAGCAGUAUUAUAGAUCAGAAAACUUGUGUGUUAUUGUCAUUGGCAGCGUAGACACAGAGUUGUUGCUUUCUACAUUGCAGGCAAUUGAAAACAAGAUGAUAGUCAAGAGACUGGAACGGGGUUGGCAACGCUUGCCUUUUGAAAAACCAUGGAAGGAUCCAAUACCUCCCAUGCCACCUUUGGAGAAUGAACUUUUAUCAAUCACCUUUCCUGCAGAUGAUGAAUCUUGUGGUUCUUUAUACUUAGGGUGGAGAGGUCCUUAUUGGAAUGAAUUUGAAGUCAUUGCAGCUAUCGAUGUGUUGCAUAGUUACUUAACUGCAGGCGCCUCGAGUCCAUUACAUGCUUCUCUAGUUGAUUGUGAGGAACCUUUUUGUAGUGGUGUUCACUAUUCAUUGUUAGAAAAUAAGGCAACAGCGCAUAUCUUUGUGGCAGAAGAUGCAUCUCCAGAACAUUUUCAGGAUAUUCUUUAUCGAUAUGACCAAGUUUUGAAUUCUUUAUGUCGUCGUGGUUGUUUGGAUAUGGAAAGGCUUCAUGGACUCGUACAUCGAGCAAAAGUUCAGUUUUUAUCGUCUUUAGAAGAAUCACCGGAGAGUUUGGCAUUCCCAGUUAUAAUCCACUUUUUAUAUCAUUCUAGCGAAGACUUUCUGAAGGAUUCGUUGAAUGUUGUGGAAAGACUGGAUCUAUUGUAUGAGAAGAGUGAAGAAUUUUGGAUAGAUGUGUUAAAGCGGUAUUUUGUUUGUAUAAGAGGAAAAACUAUUAUUUUAGAAAGUGUUCCGAGUAUUGCUGAAGGUGACCGUCUUCGAGAAGAAGAAGAAAAGCGUAUCGAUGAACGUCGUCAAUCUCUUUCACCGAAUGACUUGGAAGCGUUUGGCAAGUCUCUUGAUAGUGCGAAUGAACAAAAUAACAAAGGACCUCCAUUGGAACUGAUUGCAUCUAUUCCUGUACCAGAUCCCGAAAAAAUAAGAUUGAUUCCUAUUUCUACUUAUCGGGAGAUUCCAGAGGUUCGAAACGCCUCUUUUUUAGAAACACUACCGGAAAACGAGUCCAAGUGUCAGCAAGUGUGGUUGUCUCAGUCAAAGGAAGAGAAUCCUCUUCCUUUUCUGUUACAAAUCGAUCAUGUCCAUUCCUCGUUUAUAGAAAUACGAGCGGUUUUGAAUACUCAAGACUUGGAACCGUAUCUUAGACCUUUUUGUGUAUUGUACAUUGCAAGUGUACUAGAAACAUCACUUGUAGAUUCAAAUGGCACUGUUAUAUCGCAUCAACAAGUUGUUGACGACUUAAUGAAAGAAAGUAUUUUUGCAGAAACUAGCAUUGGUUUUGGUGGAGGUCAUACUCCUUAUGACUGCGGAGAGUUUCCCCAAGUUCUAGUAGUGGAGUUGAAAUUCGAAUCUCACAAAUAUUCACAAGCUAUUCAAUGGCUCUACAAAUUGUUAUUUCAAACAGUCUUCUCUGCAGACCGUCUAAAGACUAUAGCUUCAAAACUUUCCAAAAAUAUCUCGAGAAAACGGCGCAGUGGUGCUGCAGUUACUCGUUGCAUUGCAUCUUGUUUGAAUUUUGAUUUGAAGAAGAGUAACUUGGCAAGCUCGUGUUCUCUCUAUCAGUAUCACUUUCUGGAGAGAGUUUUGAAUCGGUUGGAUGCUACCCCAGAGCAAGUAGAAAAUGACUUGGAAAUGUUUCGAAAAAGCAUUGUGCAGCCACAUAAUUUAAAAUUUCAUUUGGUUGCAGACCUUGAGCUAGUGAGCAGAAACAACCGGCAUAUCUCACUUCGUGAGGAGUGGCAUAAAUAUUUUGGUUUCUUAGCAGAUACAGCUACCAAUGGGACAGUUGUAAUAGAGAAUGAUUCCAAGAUUGCCUUUACAGCUGAGACUAGAUUAGAGCAAUCGAAUGAUAAUGAAACUGUUAUUGUGCCUUUACAAGCUGUAGAAUCUUCCUUUAUGUUUCUAACGGCAUUGGGACCUGACAAUUUUAUGCAUGAAGAUAUUCCAGUAUUGAUGGUAUUAUUUGAGUACCUAACUAUGUUGGAAGGACCUUUAUGGAAAGGUAUACGUGGAAUGGGAUAUGCAUAUUCAUAUGGGAUGCGUUGCGACCCUGAAGAAGGCUUGAUUUAUUUUUCGUUGCAUCGUUCUUCGCAACUUUGCUUAUCCUAUCAAACGGCUAAGAAUAUAUUUCAAGAUUUUGUAGAAAACAACCGGUCCGUUGAAAAUCAUGGUUUAGAGGCAGCAAAGGCUGGGGUUAUCUAUUCUAUCAUUGAGAAAGAAAAGACAGUAAAUGAUAAGGCUGUAGAAAGUUUCAUGGAUUGGAAUUUAAGAAGGUUAUCCAAACCGGAAGCAUUCACUCGUGAGUUGUUGGCUGCAGUUGCAAAAGUGAAUGUAACUAGCGUUGAAAUUGCCAUGAGAAAAUAUCUUUGCAAUUUGUUUCAUGACGGCGUGUCGAAAAUGAUUAUUGUUACUAAUCCUCUCUAUGUGAAAGAUAUCGAAAGUUUAUUGGAGCACGAAGAAGAACAUAGGAAGACUCUUGUACUUGAAGACCUCGACUCAUUUUUCAAUAACUUGUGCAACUCCCCGUGAAUCUUAUUCAUCUUGAACUUUUAAUGGUUUCAGUGAAAUAUUCUUUAUUAUUUCAGGCAUCCCUUGCAUCAUUAAGAAAUAACGGUGGAAAGGCUCAUGGAGACUAGAAUAUCAAAGUUUUGCGUAGAAUUGCAAACUAGUUUUUGAUAUUUUGCGUUUCCGUUGUAAGUUGUUUCCUCUAAAUAAACAAUGCAAUAGAACAUGAUUCUCUAGCCGCAUAUACUGUCUCGUCUUUCCUUGAAUACGAAAUCAGAGUGAUUGCCAAGAACCUCAUUCCAAAAAAUUGAUAUCAGGCUACUUUAUGAAAACUAAGGUCCAGAAUUUUGUAUGGGUUAUAUAAAUAGAUUCGAAAAAUC